AUGUCAGAUCUCACGUUUGAGACAGCGCCAGAAGAAGAACUUCUGAAAGCGAGAGAGUUAGGUCAUAUGACUCAUAUCCCUUUUUGGCUGCCCUUUAGUAGCAUCAUCAGAGGCACCACUCAUCAACUGACGCUGCCACGACGUCAGCAGUCACCAUGCAUGGAGACCAACAUGUCCUUUUUAUCCUUAUCCUCCAAGUCUCUAGAUAGAUCCAAUAUGGACUAUAAAUAUAUUAAUAAUAUUAUAUCCACCUGGCCGAUUACGGCGUUUGGGAGCCUUUCCCUGACGGCGGCUUCCAGCUCCCUCCCCAUCGGCGCCGCCCCACUGUACACCUUCCUCACUGUCGACAGGUCAUACUUCCCGCCGCCAGCCGCGGAACUCUUGACAAUUGCCAGCAGCGCCGGCGGCACGAGCGGCGCUAUCGUCACCCGAUACCUCCCGAUCGCUUCCAAAACCGCCCCGACUUCGAACCUCGGCAUAAUUACCACGGCUGCCCCCGCUCUUAUGACAACAAGCACCAUCGCCAGCGAGAACACGUGGAACAGCGGCAGCACGCAUAGCGCCACGUCACGCUCCCCGUCCACGUGGAAGUUCGGGUUCUCCCCUCCCCCUUUCUGCGCCAGGCACGCCACCAAGUUCCGGUGGCUCAGCAUCACCGCCUUCGGCAUCCCCGUAGUCCCGGACGAGAAGAGGAGCGCCGCCGUGUCGGAGGAUCGGCCGCCGCCGGAUUCCGGCAACAACCUCUCGUCGGAUUCCUCCAGCUCGGAGAAUCUCCGGGAGUCGAUCGUGAGGACUAUCGGAUUCCUCGCGCCGCUCGAUGAUGUCACCUUUCCGGCGUAG